AUGUCACUGACGGUGCGAAUUAACAAGUUUCAGCUGCCAAAGCCGAAAGCAAAUCUGCUCGGCCGGGUUGAAUUUCGAGGUGUUGCCCAUACGACCACCGAGCUUAACUGUGGCGCUGAGCUCGUCGAAGUCAAUCAGAGCUUCAUAUGGCCGCUCGCACGGGCCGCGGACGAGACGGAAACGAUAACGGUCGAGCUGCGGCAGCAGACGACGAAGAUCCUGCUGAAAACGGCCAUCGGUGGCGGUACGUCCGGUUCGGCAUCCAGCCGGGGCAGCAUCACCAGCAGCACCAAAAUCAUCGGCCGCUUCGUGAUGCUGGCACAAGCGCUCAUCCACGAGGGUCGACUGAGGAUAGAGGACCGGCUGGUGGACCUGUCGAACAAGCCAAUCGAUGCAUUCGUCAGCUUCGACGUGUACUACCAGAGCCCGGAGGACGAGUCCGGCAACUUCUACUCGCCGCGGGUCGUACACUCGCUGCACCAGCAGUCGAGCAUCGACGACGACCAGCAGAUGCUGCUGAACAUCGAGCAGAACAUAGCGAACCUCGAGAAGAGCAUAUCGCAGGGCAAGGCGACCGACCCGGGUGCGUCAUCCAGCGCGGGCGGUUCGCGCCGGCCGGCCCGCACCGGUGCGAACGGUGGCGAACGCAAACCGAACAUCAUCAAGCGCGUCAUGUCGUCCGGUUCGGCCGGGCUCGGCGAACGGACGGCACCGGCCAAAUCGGCCGCACCGGCCGACCAUGCCUCCUCCGACAACGAGGCGUCCACCAGACCCACCCGGUCGCUCGCGGACAAAAAGGUAACGCUCCGCACCGUGCGCAACUUCAUGCGGCUCGGCCGUUCGCGGCAGUCGUCGCGCGAAAGCACCGCCAGCAGCACCGAGGACGAGGGCAAAUCCCUGAUCGGCGAUGCGGACUACACGCGCGUGCAGCCGGAAACGGUGGACGGCGGGGAGCACCGGACCGGCCGGCCAACGGUCCCCGGCGAAGGGGACGCGGCCGUGCCGCCGGACAGCCCAACGCACGGCAAGAUGGGCGACACCGUAUCGCAAACCUGCAGCACCCACUCGAACGCGUCCAGCGACGGUGAAGAUGUAACCGCUAAUGAGAAGCUCAAGAAAAUCAAGAGCCUGGCCAAAGGGAGUGACCAUCUAAAGUCGCAGGACUUUCAGGUCUGCGUCACCAUCAUCGAGGCCCGCCAGCUGCCGGGUUUGAACAUGGAUCCGGUGGUAUGCAUCCAGGUCGGUGACCAGAAGAAGUACACCAGCGUCAAGGAGAGCACCAACUGUCCGUACUACAACGAGUACUUUGUGUUCGACUUUCACAUGCCGCCGGUGAUGCUGUUCGACAAGAUCAUUACGCUCUCAGUCAUCCAUUCUCGCAAGUUCAUGCGCUCCGGAACGGUGGUGGGCUCGUUCAAAAUCGAUCUUAAAACAGUCUACGAUGCGCCCGAUCAUCAAUUCUACCACAAGUGGGCGCUGCUCUCCGAUCCGGAGGACUUUGCCGCUGGACCGAAGGGCUAUCUCAAAUGUGACGUCGGCAUCAUCGGCAAGGGGGACACGGUGAAGGUGCCACCGAAGUCGGAAAAGGACCCGGACGACAUAGAGGCGAACCUGUUGUUACCGGACGGGGUGCCAAUCGAGCGGCAGCGUGCCAAGUUCAUAGUGAAGGUGUACCGUGCGGAUGGAUUACCACGCAUGAACUCCUCCAUCAUGGCGAACGUGAAGCGUGCCUUCACUGGUGAGACGAAGGAUCUGGUUAACCCCUACGUGCAGGUGUCGUUUGCUGGACUCACGGGUAAAACGAACGUCAAGAAGGCAUCGUACAACCCGGUGUGGAAUGAGCAACUCGUCUUCACCGAGAUGUUUCCACCGCUGUGCCAGCGCAUCAAGAUACAGCUGCGCGAUGCCGACCCAAUGAAGCCGUCCAUUAUCGGCACGCACUACAUCGACCUGAAGCAGAUAUCGAACGACGGUGAGAAGGGCUUCCUGCCAACGUACGGGCCGUCGUUCGUCCAUCUGUACGGUUCCACGCGCGACUACAACCUGCUCGACCAGCACUCGAACCUCAACACCGGGCUCGGCGAGGGUGUCAGCUACCGGGCCCGGCUGCUCAUCGCCAUCCGGACGGAGAUUACCGACAACGUGGAGCUGUUCACCGACAAGAACGUGGAGGUGGAACCAACGCUACCGAUAUGUGAGUCAUCCUACUGCAAAACAGACGGCUUCUUCCUGUACGCCACGGUGCUAGAGGCGUCCAUGUUAGACAAAAAAGUGUGUGACCGAUCGGUGUACUUCGAGCUGAGCAUGGGUAAUGCGGGUAACUCGCUUGAUGGACAUAACGAGAGUGCUACUACCAACAUGGAUGAUGACGACGAUCCAGUGUCGAUCGAUACGACCGCGUACAACAGUACGACAAGCGCAUGUAAACCAAUCUCACACGACAAGAACCAUUACUAUCUGCCGUACUGGGACUACAAGCCGUGCAUGGAUGUGCGGGCGUGGUUUCCGGACCUGCGGCGUCGCAUGUACAACAGCAACAUGAUCGCAAAGAUCAGCGAGCGGCUGGAGGUCGGCCUGGCCGAAACGAAUAUACUGCUCGAAGAUGAAGACCCAACCGCCGAGGUGAAGCUGCGCGGCGUGCUGGAGGAGGUUGCAUCGAGCUGCAACAAGUACGUCACCAUUACGAAGGGUGCACUGGUCGGGCCCGGCACCGGCAAGACGAAGCUCGACAAGGAGCGGCUGAAGCUGUGCCAGCGUGAGCUCGAAUCGAUCGGCAAUAUGGCGCGGAACCUGCGUGCGCUCGUCACCAAAAGCUCGAUGCGCGAACGGUACCGGACGGCGCAAAGCUACCUCGCCCGGUUGCGCUUUCUCGUGGAGGACCCGCAGCACGCGCUGCCGGAUGUGUUCGUGUGGAUGAUUGCGAACGGCAAGCGGGUCGCGUACCACCGGUUGGACGCGCGGGAUCUGCUGUACUCCACCAUCGAGGAGGAGACCGGUGUGCACUGCGGGAAGGUGCAGACGGUGUUCCUGAAGCUGCCGGGCCGCCAGGCGGAGGGGCCGGCCGGUUGGCAUGUGCGGGCGAAGCUGUCCAUAUACCUGUGGCUGGGCACGCUCAAGCAUAAGCGCUUCUUCUACGCCGGUUUGCCGAAGGGUUACGAGCUGCUGCACGAGCUGAAGCACGCGGAAAAGGUGAACGUGCCGGCACCGACGACCGUGCACUACGUCGAACGGCACGUGUUUCAGCUGCGGGCACAUAUCUACCAGGCCCGGUCCCUGAUCGGUUCGGAUGCGUCGGGACUGAGCGAUCCGUACGCGACGGUGUACGUCACCGAGCACGCGAAGACGACGCAGGUGAUCGAGGAAACGCUCAGCCCAACGUGGGACGAGCUGCUCGUGUUCGACGAGGUGACGGUGUACGGUUCCAAGGACGAGAUCCGGCGCGACCCGCCAACGAUCGUGAUCGACGUGUACGACCAGGACAAGGUGGGCAAGUCGGACUUUAUCGGGCGGGCGAUCGCCCGUCCCCGGGUGAAGUUGCGCGAGAACCACUACAGCACGCCCGUGCUCGAAUGGUUCGAGAUAACGCGCGGGCUGGACGGGGCCGGCGAGCUGCUGGCCGCGUUCGAAAUGCUCGAGCACGGUUCGGAGGACGUGCCGCGGCUCUCCGACCCGAAGUACGUCGCGUGCGGCAGUGGCAGCGAACAUGCGCCGCAGCCCACGCUCGCCAUACUGCCGGUGCCGCAGGAGGUGCGCCCCAACCUGGCCCGGUUCCGGAUCGAGGUGCUGUUCUGGGGUUUGCGCGACCUCAAGCGGGUGCACUUCAUGACGGUGGACAAACCGCGCAUCGACAUCGAAUGCUCCGGCCGCAUUCUCAACUCGAGCAUCGUGCAGAACGCGAAAAAGAACCCCAACUUUGCCAACAUGCUGAAGUUCUUCGAUCUGGAUCUGCCGAUCGAGGAGCGGUACGCGCCGCCGAUCACGAUCCGGGCCGUGGACUGCCGGUCGUUCGGGCGCUAUACGCUGGUCGGCACGCACCAGAUCACCUCGAUCCACCGCUACAUGCAUCGACCGCCGCCGAAGGAAGACCCGAAGCGGUACAACCAGGACGGGCAGCUGGUGCUGGCGAGACGGCGCACCGACGCGGUCGGCAAUGUCAUCCCGGAUGCGGGCCUGCCCGGCGAUGCCUGGUCCGGGGACAGUCUGACGCUGUACGGGGCGGCGUGCGUCGCCAAGGCCGGCACCGGUCCCGGGCGGGGCAAGCGCACAAAACGGAAGCCACUGGAGGCGCAGGGCACGUUCGACGGGCAGGAGGGCGCAACCGGGGGCGACGGUGACGACGACGACGAUGGUUCGAGCAAGGAUUGGUGGACGAAGUAUUUCCUCUCGUACGAGCGGCUCAUCGAAUCGGCCAAAACGGCCGGCACGGGCGCGGGUGGCGGGGCGAGCGGCGGGAUGGGCGGGAUCGGGUUGGGUCCGGGUGAGGGGACGGCGAGCGGGUCUGCCGGGGACGGGGGCAGGAAGCUCGGCGUCAAGACGUCCCGGCUGGUGUCGAAGCUUAGCCCGAAGGCGGCACCGAAGAAGCCGCCGAAUCCGCGCGUUGCCACCUGCCAGAUCUAUCCGAGCGAGCUGGAAUCGGUGUACGAGUACGGGCAGUUUAAGGAGUGGCUCCACUCGUUCCCGCUGUACCGUGGGAAGAAAACCGGCGACAGCACGGAGGACGAAACGCGCAUCGUCGGUUUCUUCAAGGGCGCGAUCAAGGUGUACCGGCUGCCGAUCGAGAAGGGGAUGGAGCCGGCGUUCGCACCGACGCUGCCGCUCAACGAUCCGAUACAUGUGCUGGUGCGCGUGUACGUCGUGAAGGCGACGGAUCUGCACCCGAUGGACCUGAACGGCAAGGCGGACCCGUACGUGGUGCUGCAGCUCGGCAGCAAGCGCGUCUCGGACAAGGACAACUACGUCAGCAAGCAGCUGAACCCGGUGUUUGGCAAGUGUUUCGAGAUCGAGGCGACCUUCCCGCAGGACUCGAUGCUGACGGUGCAGAUCUUCGACUGGGAUCUGGUCGGCUCGGACGAUCUGAUCGGCGAGACAAAGAUCGAUCUGGAGAACCGGUUCUACAGCCGGCACAGGGCGAUGUGCGGCAUCUCCGCGCGCUACGAAGACUCCGGAUAUAACAUAUGGCGCGAUCCGAUGAAGCCCACGCAGAUACUGUCGAAGCUGUGCAAGGACAGCAAGCUGGAGGCGCCCCAGUAUCUGCAGGAUCGCGUCACGAUCGGCCGUUGCUGCUUCCUGUUCACCGGCGAGGAGAUACAAACCUGGUCCAGCCCUACCUCCAUCAAGUACCGGGACGAACAUCUCGCGCUGGCCGUGCUCCACCGCUGGGAAGAGAUGCCACGGGUCGGUUGCAAGAUCGUACCGGAGCACAUCGAAUCGCGCUCGCUGUACAACAGCGACAAACCCGGCAUCGAGCAGGGCAAGCUGGAGAUGUGGGUGGACAUGUUCCCGAUGGAUAUGCCGCUUCCCGGGCCGCCCGUCGACAUUUCGCCCCGCAAGCCCAAAUCGUACGAGCUGCGCGUCGUUAUCUGGAACACGGACGACGUUGUGCUGGAGGAUGAUGCGUUCUUCACCGGCGAGAAAAUGUCCGACAUCUACGUGAAAGGCUGGUUGAAAGGACCGCAAGAUAUGCAGGCGACGGAUAUCCAUUACCGUUCGCUGACGGGCGAGGGUAACUUCAACUGGCGCUUCAUCUACCCGUUCGAGUACCUUGCCGCGGAGGAGCGGAUCGUGCUGUCGCGCAAGGAGUCGCUGUUCAGCUGGGACGAGACGGAGGUAAAGAUACCGGCCCGGCUCGAGCUGCAGGUGUGGGACGCGGACCACUUUUCCGCGGACGAUUUUCUCGGUGCGAUCUCGCUGAACCUGAACCGGUUUCCGCGCGGUGCGAAAUCGUCCAAGCUCUGCACGCUCGACAUGCUGCGGACGGACAACGUGCCGACGGUGAACAUCUUCAAGCAGAAGCGCGUCCGCGGCUGGUGGCCGUUCUUCAUCAAGAAGGAAAACGACGAGAUGGAGCUAACCGGCAAGGUGGAGGCGGAGAUCCACCUGCUGACGAAGGAGGAGGCGGAAAAGAACCCGGCCGGGUUCGGGCGGAACGAGCCGGAUCCGCUCGAGAAACCAAACCGUCCCGAUGCGUCGUUCAUGUGGUUUCUUAACCCGCUCAAGUCGGUACGGUACAUUGUCUGGCACAACUACAAGUGGAAGAUCAUCAAGGGGCUGAUCAUCAUCGGCAUAGCGAUCUUGCUGCUGCUGUUCUUCUACGCCGUACCGGGCUACACGGUGAAGAAGAUGCUGGGCGCGUAA